AACAACAAAGGGAAGCGCUGCUGUCUUUCUUGUCAGACCUGUGUAAUCAUAUGAAUAUGAAAUAUAUUUAUGUCCUAAUAUCAAUAUCCGAAGAGCGAUAACAAACUGGGAAAGUUCUAACCUUACGUUGUUGUAAUGUUUACUGUCGUUCAUUACUGUGUAAGAAAAUCUAGAUUUCAUUUAACGUUAGGUAAAAAUUGAAACGGGCUGUUCCCUGUUCACCUGUCAUUUGAUUCGGCUCCUCUGAUCUAUCUCAAUAUGACAGGCUUUCGCUUUCAGAUUAGCUAGCAGGCAGACGCAAAGAAAAGCUGUUUAAUAUCUGGACAGAUAAAUCUCGUGGUCUGGGCGGUGGCUGGAUUUCGCAAUCCAGAUUUCAUUAGCGUGUGGUCAAGAUGCCUGCUAUGGUAGUGUUGGGACGACGAUGGCGGAUCGCCAGCGACGAUCUUGUGUUUCCUGGUGCCUUUGAGUUAUUUAUCAGAGCUCUAUGGUGGAUCGGGACCUUAGUUCUAUACACCAACCAUAAAGGACGUUUUGACUGUCAGGGUGGAGCGGUUUUGCAUAAUUACCUGGUGGUUCUUCUUGUUCUGCUGGCUAUCAUCAUCUUGACACUAUGUGGCAUUGUUUACAUAAGUGCUCAAGGAACCAUAAUGAAUCCAGGGCCUCGACGCUCUAUGCCAGCCCUGGUGUAUCUCCGUGCUGCCCUGUACAUCCCGGAGGUUGUAUGGGCCUGCCUGGGGGCCGUUUGGGUAUCUGACAGUAGCACAGGAUGUAAGCCAGCUGAGGUCGGAGCUGUGAUUGCUGCUGUUAUUUCAAGCUGGGUCAUCCUUCUCUCCAUGGUGGUGGGCGUACUCAUAGUGUUCGACCCUCUGGGCAGCCAGAAGCCGGCUGCAUUGGACCAUCAUUCAGGCUUGAGAAACCUGGAGAGCAGUGAAUCCUCUCAGCUCUUUUACCGCGCACGCACGUUGGCUGCACGGGUGUGGGAGAGUAGGCUACGGUUGCUCUGCUUUUGCCUGCCUCAGGAUGACAACCACCGUGCCGCAUUCUCUAGCAUCUCUAAACUGGUCAGCGGCUUCUUUUUGGAUACAGACCUGGUACCCAGUGACAUUGCUGCUGGUCUGGCACUUCUUCAUCAAGAACAAGAUAAAAUGGAACACUGUCGAGAUCCUGAUGAAGUUAUGAUCCACAGCCCCUCAUCCCCCAUUAGAGAAGAUCUGGAGGUCGAACUGGAGAAAUCCGCUCACUUUUUGCAGUUUGCUGUAGCGGCGUAUGGCUGGCCAUUGUACAUCUAUUCAAACCCCCUCACCGGACCCUGCAAACUCAGUGGAGGGUGUUGUGGGAACCGCCAUGCAGAGUAUGACCUAGUGGGAGGAGACACCCUUGGCUGUCAUUUUACUUCUAUCUUGCAAAGCACAGGACUGCAGUAUAGAGACUUCAUCCACAUCAGCUUUCAUAACCAGAUCUAUGAAAUCCCAUUUUUUGUGGCAUUAGAUCAUAAAAGAGAAGCGGUCCUGGUUGCUGUCAGGGGCACUCUUUCACUUAAGGAUGUGUUGACAGAUCUCUCCGCUGAAUGUGAGAAUGUCACUGUUGAAGGCGUGUCGGGAACCUGCUAUGCUCAUAAGGGCAUAUCUCAAGCUGCAAACUACAUCUACAAGAAACUAGUCAAUGAUGGUAUUUUGAGCCAGGCGUUCAACAUUGCACCUGAGUAUAAGCUGGUCAUCACAGGACACAGUCUUGGUGCAGGAACAGCUUCUUUGCUGGCUGUUCUUCUACGCAGCACACAUCCCACCCUGGAGUGCUAUGCUUUCUCCCCACCAGGGGGACUUCUGAGUAAAGCACUGGCCGAUUAUUCAAAGCAGUUUAUCAUCUCAGUGGUGUUGGGAAAAGACCUCGUUCCAAGACUGAGUAUACCAAACAUGGAAGAUUUGAAAAGAAGAAUAUUAAAAAUGGUGUCUAAUUGUAGUAAACCAAAAUACAAGAUAUUAAUGCGUGGCUGCUGGUAUGAGGUGUUUGGAGGAACCCCUGAUGAUUUCCCCACAGAGAUGGAAAACCGUCGAGAGGAGGUGCUAAAUCAACCGUUGCUAGGAGAGGAGAGUCUGUUAGUGCAGCGCUCAUCCACCUAUCAGAGUCUGUCAUCGGAUGACUCGCCCACCCUGCCUACCCACUUACCCCUGUACCUGCCUGGACGUAUCAUGCACGUCACAGAGGAGGGUCCCACACGCAGACACUGUUUUUCUCAGGUCAGGUACCGCGCUGAGUGGUCCAGCGAGAAGGCAUUCCGAAAUGUUCUGAUCAGCCCAAGGAUGAUCGCCGAUCACAUGCCCGAUGUUGUUCUUCGGGCCCUGCGCAGUCUUACCCGUGACCGCCCGUUCGCACUCUGCCACUCUUCCAUGAGCAACAGCCACCUGAAUGUCAUUUGAGCUCUUAAUAUCUGGGGUCUGAUCUUUAAACGGACUUUGCUACAUGCACAAACAGACUCUUGGGAGUAUGACUGUGUUGGACUGCUUCCUCUGUCAUUUUAUUUAGAGCAUAUAAGCUCUUGUGUAUUUAUUUCUUGUAUUUAUUAUGCCAUUAUAAUGUGCUUGUCUGCUUUUUAAUGGCAUCAUGAAAUUUUCAUCACCCCAUCGGAACAAACCUAUAUGUGACAUUUGAAAUGCCACCUUGCUCAACCAUAAAAGAAAAAAUUGUAUUGUUCAAGAUGGGCAGUUUGGACUUGAAAGAGAAAAAAUGCAGUAUUGUUAAUGUACUGGUUGUGUGCAAUUUUUGUGAUUUAUCUUCGCCAUAUCUGACUUGGGUUAUUGGAAAUGAAAGUGAAAUAGGGACGGAAUGUAGAUCAUUGAACUACAUCCUUGAUUUAGAUUUUGAUGCAUGAGGCCACAUGCAUGAAAACAUUUCUUGAGCUUCAGGUGUGUGUUUUCAUUUACUUCAUACACUUUUCAGUUAAGUUACAUUAUGCAAAAUAAAUAUGCUGAAGAAGAAAGGCCUGUUUCAUUUUCUAUAAAGAAGUGAGACAAUGAAAUUGUUAAGAGCAUGUUUUUUUUUUAACAAAGAUUUCAUUAUAUACAUCGUCAAUGGGGUCCACACAUCUCAAAGAGACCACUACUAUAAAUGUAUUUUUUUUAUUGUUUUCUAAUCGGUUUAAAAAAAUGACAUUUAAAUAUGUACAUGAUUGUAUUUUUUGUAUGUUUUUGAUUUUUAAUAACAACCUGCACCCAAACUGUCUUAUCCAUUUUAAGCAAAACUUAAAAAUCUGUUAUGAAGAGAAUUUCGACUUUUUCUACAAAUGAGUUAAAAAUGAUGUUACACACUUUUACUUGAUUUAUUUUUAUUCAAUCAGAUCAAAAGGAUUUUAAGAUCAUGAGAAACAUUUCAGUCAAGUGAAGGAUGGUCUAAUGUUGUCUAUGUGAAAAUCAGGUGUUGCCACUUUAAAUAAAUUUGUUUGUAUAAACAAUGA